GUUUCUUCUUGUCUGUGAGAGUCAUCCGAACAGUGAAGCUCAGGAUUUGGACAUGAUGAUGAAUGUGGUGAGGAUGAGUGGCAGGGUGGGACUGAUCUUAUUAUCAGUGUGUGUGAUCACUUCCCUGUCCAAAGAGAAGGAGCAGAAAGAAAAGCUGUUGUCAGGGAGACCCAGGCAGGGAGGCAAGAGAGCGGACGCAAAUGCAGACUGCACGCAGAUAAAGGCUGCUAAACCUGAUGCUAAAAGUGGCAUUUAUGUCAUUCGGCCGUUUAAAGGCAGUUUCAAAGUUUACUGUGAAAUGCGGGAGGAUGGGGGCUGGACUGUUUUCCAGAGAAGGACGGGAGGAGAGGUCUCCUUCGAAAGGGGCUGGAAAGAAUAUAAGCAUGGAUUUGGAGCUCAGGACAAAGACCACUGGCUGGGCCUGUCCAAAUUAUGGGCUCUAACCAAAGCAGCGAAAAAGAACUCAACGCUCAGAGUGGACCUGUGGGAUUUUGAGGGAGGCUCUGCUUUUGCUCAGUACCAAAACUUCCGUAUUGGUGGUGAGAAAACAGCCUUUAAACUACAAGUGGGAAAAUACAGUGGCACUGCAGGUGAUGCCAUCCGUGGUGUGUAUGAUGGCAUUGACCAAAACGGCUACGGUUUCAGCACAUCAGACCGUGACAAUGACGGCUGCUCUCCAUGCAUCUUCGGGGACAUUGCUACAGACAGCUGCAAUUUUAAAAAAGGUGGAGGCUGGUGGUUCAGUAAAUGUGGUUCAGCAGACCUGAAUGGAUACUGGAAUCCUGGGGAAAAAAAUCGGUUCAUGGCAUCUGGUCUGCACUGGCUCACCUGGAGAGGCCCUGUGCCCUACUCAGCUAAAGCAACUCGCAUGAUGGUGAAAACUAUGUGACUUUAAAGUCACUACACUCAGGUAGUUGUGGUUGCAGCCAGCAGUACAGUAAUCUAUCACUCUUUAUUCAUUUACCAACAGAAAUAUCAUGUUGUUUUUAUUCUACUAUUCUAAUAACACAGUCCUUCUCAGUUCUUUCAUUCAGUCUGCUAUGCUGAAAGUCAGUAUUAAAACUGUUCUGCUCUGUAUUUUAUAUUUUUCGUAAGACCGUUUUCAAACACAAUCUUCAAUUCUUAAGUUUAAAAAGGCUUUGGUUAUUGUGCUCUUCAGGAAUGAUGCAUAUAAAUGAUCUCUUUCUAAAUGACUACCCUGUAUUUUGCUUUCUUAAAAAGCAGUCUGAGCUGAAACGUUCAUUAUGACUUCAUUGUAGAUGGUGUGGCUAAAUGGCUCUAGGUUGGAUAAACAAGCAUGAGUAACUGUUCAUCAUGAAACAUAUAAAACAUUACUUCAGUUCAGUUUACAGUGUAUAUGCAGUUAUCUGUCUACAGCCUUAACAAGUUUUGUAUCACAUUUUUUUAUGUUAACUGUCUGGCAAUAAAAAGUAUCAACCAUA